AUGUCUCUUGCUCAGCCUUACAGACCAGAAAGUUUUCUCUUUUACAGUGGUGGAAAGUCCAACAGGAACAUGGGCGUGAGAGCAACAGCUGCAAACUUCAACGGAAGCUAUGAUAACUGCCCAUAUGAUUCAAAUUUUUACAUAACAACUCAUGACGACUCCUUUGAUUUCUCUAGACGCUUUAUGCCAUGUGGACCCAAUUAUGAUGGCUUCUGGACUGACACUGUACCUUCUUCAAAAAGGAGAAAGUUCUCCGACUUCUCUUGUGAAAGCACUGGGAGACCCUACCAGCAGCAAUUCAAUUACGAACAUGGGCCUCAAAAUGAGGCUGAUCUUUGGCAACGUGUACCUCCCAAUUUAGUCAGAGAUUUCUGCAAUGGCCCUGUAUUCCGCGACAGCAGUUCAGCUUUUCUUGCCUCAAGUGAUUCCAGUGCUUAUGCUUCAGUUGCCCCCAAACGCGAUCGAUCGAGGUUUGAGGAUGAUGAAGUGGUUUUUAUGUCAAGGGAUGAGAUAGAGAGGUGCUCUCCGUCAAGAAAAGAUGGCAUUGAUGUGCUGCAUGAGACGCGCCUCAGAUACUCCUACUGUGCUUUCCUUCAGAAUCUCGGUCUCCGACUUGAUCUACCACAGACUACUAUUGGGACUGCCAUGGUUCUGUGCCAUCGCUUUUUUGUUCGUCGAUCGCAUGCCUCUCACGACAGAUUUUUAAUAGCUACUGCCACGCUUUUCCUUGCCUCAAAGUCGGAGGAGACAGCACGCCCACUUAAUGAUGUACUAAAGGUGUCUUCUGAAAUUCUUCACGGGCAGGACUUUGCCAUUCUCUCUUUCAUGUUGCCUCUUGAUUGGUUUGAGCAAUAUCGCGAGCGGAUUCUAGAGGCUGAGCAAUUGAUUUUGACUACAUUGAAUUUUGAGCUAGGCGUGCAGCAUCCAUAUGAAUCUUUGACAUCCACUCUUCAAAAAUUAGGCUUUUCGCAAUCUGGUUUUGUGAACCUAGCAUUGAGCUUGAUCAGUGAAGGGCUCAGGAGCUCACUUUGGCUCCAAUUCAAACCUCACCACAUAGCUGCUGGUGCUGCUUACCUUGCUUCCAAAUAUCUAAAUUUGAAUCUUUCUUCGUCUGAUAAUGUUUGGAAGGAGUUCCAUACACCACCAUCUGUACUCAGAGAUGUUGCUCAUCAACUGAUGGAACUAUUUUAA